AAGAAGCUGACGUUGACGUUGAUUGGGCGCCAUGAUCUUUUCGCCGACUUCAUCUAUUAUCUACUGCAGGCCACAUCGUUAUCUAUACAUACGCAUAGUGUACGCACUUUUACGAACGAUGUAUACGUCGUUUCCAUAGAUACGUAAUAACGAUAAUAAUGGAGAUUGACCCGAAAUUCACAUUUAUGCCAUUAAAUGAAAAAAAUUAUCCUGGAAUUAGUGAUAAAAAUACUCAAGAAUAUCUCUGCAAAUGGUGCUUGAAAGAAAAUUUUGUUAUCCAGAAUUUUUCAUUUAAUGAACCUUUUCAAUAUUAUCACAAGUAUCAAUUGGUUGAUGCUUUCUUUAAAGAUGAUGCUGUUGUGAAAGCAUUAUUAUCAAAACAAGGUGAUACUUGGGCCAGGCAAGGUAUACAAGCAUCAACUGUAGAAAUAAAACAAGUACCUUGUUCUGUUUUAAGUAUGACGUUUUUUAACAAAUUGAAAGACCCAAAUAAUGGAAUAACAUAUAGUUCAGGAACAAUCAGGAAAAGAUAUGAUAUGCAAGUAGAAGAUUUUUUAAUAUCUGACAAUCUUCAUGGUAUGCUUUUGGAUGAAGAUUCAGAUGAAUACAAUUUGUACGCAGAAGACGAAAGAAAAGAAUUUGUGUUCCGAAUUUUUCAAAUGCUUGUUCUUGGUGGGAUGUUGUGUCAGUUCGAGGAUACAUUACAACCAUAUUUAAAUGUUACUAGAAGUAUUUAUAAAGAUCUUGUAAGGGUGCAGAAACAUAAUGUUUCAAAUGAUUUUUUUGUAAGUACUUUGGUGUUGGAAGUAAUCGCAAGAGAUAGCAAAGGUCAAGAAUAUUUCCCAAGUAAUACCAGUAACAAACAAAAUAUCGCAUUUUUAUUAAUACACGCUGAUUCCCGCGAAAUUACAACUUUUGUGCAUCAAUAUGGUGGUUACUGCUCUAUGUAAAGGAUAUAAUUAUGUUUUACAUAAGACAUAUUUAAUUUUUCACACUAGAUUAUUAUUUCGCUUGUAUAUUCAAGUUUUCAAUUAUAAAAAUCUUAAUAAUAAAGUAUAACAGUUAUAAGAAUGGGAUUCGCGCGAUAAUACCAAAAAUGCUUUGAUAUUUCAUAUAAGACAAUUUAUUCAAUUCAGAGCUUAAUUAUAA